UCUCUCUCUCUCUCUCUUCUCUCUAACACACACACAACUGAUCUGAAUCUAAAAAAUGCAAAGCACUGCGAUUUCAUUUUCACCUUCGAUUUAUCUUCCUAAGCAUCGAAAGCCUUCGAAUCCUAGUUCUUUCUUUGAAUUCCAGCCGUUAUCUCUAUAUUCGCCUCCAAAAUCGGUUGGUUUUGGCUCCAUCAAUGGCGUCUCGGUCUCGUCGUCUCGUCGAUUGCCUAUAAUCAGUUGCUCUUCUUCGUCGUCGUCGUCGUCGUCAAGAGGGAAUGAUGGGUGGAUUUCGGGUCCGUCACCUGUGCCUGAAGGCGAAUCGGAGAGUGUCGAGGUCAGGGCAACGUCGGUACCUGAGAGCGCAGAAGAGGCUCCCAAGUCGAAGGCAUUGGCCGAUACGUUGGUGCUUGGAUCGUUGUUUGGGUUGUGGUACCUUUUCAACAUAUACUUCAAUAUCUACAACAAGCAGGUCCUAAGAGUCUUUCCAAACCCAGUGACUGUCACUUUAGUUCAAUUUGCAGUUGGGACUGUCCUCGUUAUAUUCAUGUGGAUGUUUAACCUCUACAAACGGCCUAAGAUCAGCGGUUCACAGCUUGCAGCAAUCCUGCCAUUGGCAGUAGUGCACACAUUAGGCAACCUUUUCACUAACAUGAGUCUCGGAAAAGUCUCUGUUUCAUUCACUCACACAAUUAAAGCUAUGGAGCCCUUCUUCUCUGUUGUCCUCUCUGCCAUGUUUCUAGGGGAGAUGCCUACUCUGUGGGUUGUUUCAUCACUUCUGCCAAUUGUUGGUGGAGUGGCAUUGGCAUCGAUGACUGAAGCAUCUUUUAAUUGGGCUGGGUUUUGGAGUGCAAUGGCUUCCAAUUUGACCAAUCAGUCCCGUAAUGUCCUUAGCAAAAAGUUCAUGGUUAAGAAAGAGGAAUCUUUGGAUAACAUUACUCUCUUCUCAAUAAUAACAAUUAUGUCCUUCAUCUUGUUGACCCCGGCUGCUAUCUUCAUGGAAGGAGUCAAGUUCACUCCUGCAUACCUGCAAUCUUCUGGAUUAAAUGUCAGACAGAUUUAUACUAGAUCUCUCAUUGCUGCACUGUGCUUCCAUGCAUAUCAGCAGGUUUCUUAUAUGAUAUUGCAGAGGGUAUCUCCAGUUACUCAUUCUGUGGGUAAUUGCGUGAAGCGGGUGGUGGUGAUCGUUACCUCUGUUCUCUUUUUCCGAUCACCUGUUUCACCUAUCAACUCUCUGGGCACUGGAGUGGCCCUCGCUGGAGUGUUUCUGUAUUCAAGGGUGAAGCGUAUUAAGCCAAAGCCAAAGACAGCUUGAAGUGUUAACGCUAAAAAAGUUUUGCUGGUAACUUUGUUAUUAGGUGAGAAUCAAUAUUGCGACAUUUAAGAUUUAGUUGUAUGUCAGGUAGGGACUCAGUCCAGUUUUCCCCCUUCUUUCGUUUCCCUUUUUCGGGGGUGUAAAUUCUUUACUUUGAUGAUCUAUGAUCUAGGAAGACCGUUAUUAAUUUUUGGGUUACUCUGCUAAAUCUUAGUAUUUUUGAAUGUGUAAUGUACGAAAUUCGAGUCUAGAAAUCUUCUAUUUGAGGAAAUGGAAACGCUAGUGGUCCAU